AUGGGGUACAACUACAACUACAUCGAGCAUGUCGAGAACCUAGAGCAGUACUGUCACGGAGGCUUCCAUCCCGUCGCCCUGGGCGAGACUAUAAAUAACCGCUAUCUCGUCCUCAACAAGCUGGGCCAUGGUGGUUACUCUACCGUCUGGCUCUCAUGGGAUAUCCUCAAACAAAAAUAUGCCGCGCUGAAAAUUGUGCUGGCUGACUUUGGAGAGGAUUCGACAGAGGUAGAUGUCCUUCAGAAACUAGAGGCCAAGGCUGGAAAGAAACACCCCGGAAGGUCUUACAUUCGCCAUAUCAAUGACAACUUUCACUUCGACGGGCCCAAUGGAAGACACACAUGCUUGGUUAACGACCCGGCUAUGAUGUCUUUGAGACUCGCAAAGGAUGCUUCUUUCUCAAAGCUCUUCCAGCCACGCACAGCCCGAGCCAUCGCUGCUCAGGUCGUUCAAUCGAUCGCCUAUCUUCAUGAAGGCGGUGUGGUGCACGGUGAUCUUCAUCUCGACAACAUCCUGCUGCAGCUUCCUGACCGGAUCAGAUGCUUAUCCCCGGAUCAACUCCACGAGAGACACAGUCACCCUACAACGGUGCCUGUCACAAGACUUGACGGUCUUCCUCUUGAUGAAAACGCCCCACGAAAUGCUGUGCUGCCAAUUUGGCUAGGCCAGAAGAGUGAGGAUGUCGCUCUGGGGGAUGCAAAGAUCCUCCUUGGUGACUUUGGCGAAUCGUUUCUCCCUAGCGAAGAGAAGCGAAACUACUCCAACGCACCCAUCCGCUACCGAGCUCCUGAAACCCAAUUCCCAGACGUCUGCCCAUCACUGUCCUUCAGCUCCGACAUCUGGAGCCUAGGCUGUCUCCUCUGGAACGUCGUUGGCCAGCGUCCCCUCUUCGACGCCUGGACACUCUCCGAAGAUGACAUCCUGCAGGACCAAACCGAUCUUCUCGGCGAAAUCCCAGAAGAGUGGUCUGCAUACAGCUCCAAGCGCUCAGAGUACUGGAUCGAAGACGUCUCGGCAGAAGAGUCCGAAACACCGAUCCAAAACAACGGUUGCACAUGGGAGUCCCGCUUUGAAAGCAGUGUCCAGCAAGGACGCAAGGAAAGCGGCAUGAAGCCCAUGUCCAAGGACGAAAAGGAUGCUUUCAUCGACAUGAUGAAGACAAUGAUGACGUUCCGUCCCGAGGAGAGAGUCUCGGCCAAGGAGCUUUUGGAGUCAAAGUGGAUGAAGCAGUGGGCUUUGCCCGAGCUAAGAAAGCUUGCGGCUUCAUGA